UGCUCCUCUUCCCUCUCUCUCAGCACCAAGGACAGAGCCUCUGAGCCGCUAACCCAAACAACGUUCAGGGGGGUCCCUCCCAGCUCCUCUAGGGAACACUGGUGCCUUGGAAAAGCAGCUAAGAAACAUGCAGUGAGGGCUGAUAGGAAAAGCAGCAAGAGUAGCUUACAAGUAAUUUCCACCUCAGAGGCAAACACCAGGUGAUUUUCUUUCUGUAUGGAAAUGAUUCCAUAGUUGCCGUGUCCUGGGAAAGGCAAAGUUUGCUUUGCUUCGGCGUGUAUGCCGUCAGUAAAUGGCUUCAGGAACUGAGGUGCCCAGCUCCACAGUCUCCAGACACCAGAAGAAAUUUUCAGGGAACAUUUUGGAGUCACAUUCCUCUGUCUGGGCUAUGGCACCUCUGAGUCAAAUAAGCAGCCACAUCAACUCCACCUGUGGGGCAGAGAACUCCACGGGUGCCAGCCGGGCCCGCCCGCAUGCCUACUAUGCCCUGUCCUACUGCGCGCUCAUCCUAGCCAUCGUCUUCGGCAAUGUCCUGGUAUGUGCAGCUGUGCUGAGGGAGCGUGCCCUACAGACCACCACCAACUACCUAGUGGUGAGCCUGGCUGUUGCCGACCUGCUAGUGGCCACGUUGGUGAUGCCGUGGGUGGUGUACCUGGAGGUGACAGGUGGAGUCUGGAAUUUCAGCCGCAUUUGCUGUGAUGUUUUUGUCACCCUGGAUGUCAUGAUGUGUACAGCCAGCAUCCUGAACCUCUGUGCCAUCAGCAUAGACAGGUACACAGCGGUGGUCAUGCCAGUUCACUAUCAGCAUGGCACCGGGCAGAGCUCCUGUCGGCGUGUGGCACUCAUGAUUACAGCUGUGUGGGUGCUGGCCUUUGCUGUGUCCUGCCCUCUGCUCUUUGGUUUCAACACAACAGGGGACCCCAACAUCUGCUCCAUUUCCAACCCUGACUUUGUCAUCUACUCGUCAGUGGUGUCCUUCUACGUUCCCUUCGGGGUGACUGUCCUGGUCUAUGCCAGGAUCUACAUGGUGCUGAGACAAAGGAGACGAAAACGGAUCCUCACUCGCCAGAACAGCCAGUGUAUCAGCAUCCGACCUGGAUUCCCGCAGCAGCCUUCCUGUCUGCGGCUGCAUCCCAUUCGGCAGUUUUCAAUAAGGGCCAGGUUUCUGUCAGAUGCCACGGGACAAAUGGAGCACAUAGAAGACAAACAAUACCCCCAGAAGUGCCAGGACCCUCUCUUGUCACACCUGCAGCCCCUCUCUCCUGGGCAGACUCACGGGGAGCUGAAGCGUUACUACAGCAUCUGCCAAGAUGCGGCCCUGAGGGACCCAGGCUUCCAAGAAGGAGGAGGAGGGAUGCGUGGGGCAGAGAGGACUCGGAACUCCUUGAGCCCCACCCUGGCGCCCAAGCUCAGCUUAGAGGUUCGAAAACUCAGCAAUGGCAGGUUAUCCACAUCCCUGAAGCUGGGGCCCCUGCAGCCCAGGGGAGUGCCACUUCGAGAGAAGAAGGCCACCCAGAUGGUGGUCAUUGUGCUUGGAGCCUUCAUUGUCUGCUGGCUGCCCUUCUUCCUGACUCACGUUCUUAAUACUCACUGCCAGGCAUGCCAUGUAUCCCCAGAGCUCUACAGAGCCACAACAUGGCUAGGCUAUGUGAACAGUGCCCUUAACCCUGUGAUCUACACCACCUUCAAUGUGGAGUUCCGCAAAGCCUUCCUCAAGAUCCUGUCCUGCUGAAGGAAGAGAAGAGGCCACGCUCCCUUUACCAACUUCAAGAUGCCAGGCAGUUUGGAUCCCUGCUCACCAGGGUCUGCUUUGGAUGCCUACACUGUGUUCUGGCAUGUGUGGUAUGGAGACUCAUGAAGCAGGACAACCCUGGUUAGGAAUACCCAACUGUUUGUUCCACAGUAGGAUGGUCUACCUCCCCAGCUUACAUCUGACUUCAUUCUGCCAGUCUUCACAUUGCUAAGUGCUAAGUAACAACUCAGAGAGAAGUUGAUAAAAAAAGUGUAUGGGACACACACAGAGAAUUGUCACUGGAGACACAUGCACUGGAGUGAAAGAAAAAUGAACAGGUCUCUGCAGUCUCACCCUGCCAGGGGUCCUUGAAAUCACAGCCAGGAAGCAGUCUUGUAGACAGUCAGCUCCUCUUCUUUCAGGCCUGUAAUUAACUGUCAGUACAGUUAACCAUGAGCAUCCAUGGGGCCCAAUUGCUUGUUUUCUUUCACUCUAUCCUAAAACAUGAAAGACAAGGCCAAUGUUUAUAUCUUUCUGUGGAAUGGAAUCAGCUGCAUUUGGUGAGGGUCUGCUCACCCCAGAGCAGACACUGUCCCACAUUGGGACUUGGGUUUUAUUUCUACCCUUACAUGUUAGCUCUGGCUGGGGGAUGCAGGGGAGGCCCUUUGCUUUAUUACCUGACUUUCUCAAGACAAUUCUAGUGUUUUGAUUUCCAGAACCAUUCAAGACAAGACAGUUAAGUGAAGAAGGUAAGGCAGUUUCCUCUGCACUGUCAUGGCUGACUUUGGGUUGAGAACAUGCCUUCCAAAUGCUAGCCAUCAUUUGAAGGGUUUCCUAGCCAGGAACUUUCAUCUACUUAACAGAAGCCCAAAACUUUCAGGCCUUGGUAUCCACCGAGUGCUCGGAAAGUGCUAGUCGCCUCCCAGGUUCUGAAUAGAUAACAAUGUCCUCAAAGACUUACGUUUGCCUAUGUGGAUGGUAGUGGCUUGCCCGGUCUUGCAAAGGGCCUCAGAACUGAAGGUAUUGGAGGAUGACCGCUCCAAGUCACCACAUGAUAAAUCUUCAUAAAACCCUGGUCAGAUCCUAAACAGCACCACUCUAACAACUGUGCUCAGAGCCUAACAAAAACUGGGUGUGGUGACUCAAGGAAAAAAAAAACAAAACACCAGAAAUAAUCUGUAAAUGUCAUUCAAAAUUGCAUUUAGAAGGAGCUAGAACAUGCACAUCAUUUACCUUCUCACCUACAGAAGCUAUUUUUUUUAUUGAUUUCAGAAUCAAAGUCAAAUGUAUGGAUAAUUUAUGAAAUGCUGUCAGCCUGCACUUCAAUCAGUUUAUCUUUAAGAGCAUUGGUAUACAUCAUGACAGCUAGCGGCUAGCAUGCUGUUCAAACUUUAAAGAGUCCAAGAACGUCACAAGGAAUCCAGGUCUCACCCGCCCCAUUCUUACUCAUCUGACCCUAAUGGGUUAGUUGUCUGAUAGUCCUGAACGCUUUGGUUCCAGCACUUACAAGUGCUAUUAUCUAUAAUGAUUAGUAUUGUAACACAGGGUGGAAACCCAAAUCCUCUCUGCCCACUGCCUCUUCCAUUUAGUGCCAUAAAAUAUAACAGGCUUGCCAGGUGGUGGUGACACCUUUAAUCCCAGAGCUUGG